CCGAUCUCAAUAUACGCGAUACCCCAGCCCACAUCUUUUGAAGGCGAGAUAUAUUCUCUUGGACUAUAUCGGCCCAGAUGCUGAAACCAUGUUGUCAAAUUCUUGGAACCGGCACCUAGGCGAUCCAGUGUGGAGGAAUUCCUGUAUAAAGGCCUUGCACAGGCUAUUUUGACCCUGGCUCGUGUCCCGUUGCCGCGGAUAGAAUCCUUUACAUUUCACGACGACGGGCCCCUCUCCCUUACAAACCGGCCUUUUUCUUGCUAUAUCGUGAUCUUAGAAAACGACGGUGUACCCAGAGCAAUGGACAGAGACCAAACGUACACCACAUCUGAGUCCUACAUCUCGGACCUCUUGACCUACCAUGAUUUACGCUUUCUCCAUCAGCCGAACGCGGUCAAUAAUGGGGAUGGUGGCCGGGAACUGAUAGUCUCAAAGACAAUGCUACGAGCAACUGGGCAUCAUUAUUUGCUCGGAGCUCCGAAACGGCCAUUUGUACUAGGUCUGACCGAUCUGCACCAAAGUAACUUGUUCGUCGACGAGGACUGGAACAUCAAAUAUCUCAUCGGCCUGAAAUGGGUGUGCUCCCUCCCUAUUGAGAUGCGCGGCGCUCUGUACUGUUUAUGGGGGCACGACCUCGACGAUAUCAUCGGCGCGAAUCUAGAAGAAUACGUCAUAGUACGGGACGAGUACAUGCGGAUCUUUGAGGGCAAAGAGGAAGCGCUCUCGCCGAAGUUACAAUAUGGCUUGUCACUUGCCCAGGUCACGCAGUCAGUGUGGGAGAAGGGUUGGGUUUGGUAUUGUCUGUCGUUGACGUCUGUGAAUGGGAUGUGCAUCCUCUUUGAUCAAUACGUUUGCAGGAAAUACCAUCCCUUCCCGCUGACCAAGGAAAUGGAUACAGUCGUUUCCUGAUUCUGGUCGCAGAACUCGGAAACGAUCCUCGAUGGGAAAAUUGCAGAUAAGAUGAAGUAUGAUCAGGAACUGCAAGAGUUGUUCUCUAGAAACUGAAAGCACGAGCGGAAGAGUGAUGCCGUUUCAUCGGAGAGCUGAUUUCAUGCUGAGGAUGUAUGCCUGUCUGUGGAGGACUUGCUAGUCUACCUGUGGCAUGAAUACUGGAUACAUCGUGAUGGGUCUUGGGAAAGCCUCAUAUCGUUCCUAGACGGCGCAUUACUUCUCCUCUCCCUCUCCUUUACCUUCCCGUCUUUUUUAACGUGUUCAUCACCCGACCCCUUCCCUCGCCAUUUCCUA